AGGGCGGGCCGGGCAGCAGUGGGCGCUCGCGAUCCUCCUCUGCCCAACGCGCACCCCCUCAGGGCCCGGCCUCCUCCGUCCCCUCCUCCUGCUCCUGCUCCUCCUCCCGCUCCUCCCCUCAGCGGGUCUGAUCGCUUAGUCUCCAGCCUGCAAAGUCCCCGGCGCGCCGGCAGCCAAGAACCGCCGCCACUGCCACUGCCGGGUCUCAGUGGGUGCCUGCACCGCUGCCUCACCCGCCUGCCCGGGGUUGUCCCGAGGCUUGCUCCGCCGGCCGCUGGUGCUCCAAGGCACUGCCCAUGGCCCAGCCCGAGAGGCGACUUCGGGUGCCUGACCGGCUGGAUCGUAGCGCCGCUCAGUAAUCAGAGGCCCGUGACACCCAUGAGUCACUGAUCUGGAGGCAUCCCCUGCGGCAGCGCUUCAUGAGCCAGCGGCGCCCGGCCCAGUGAAGCCACAGUGGUGUCCAGCAUGGCCGCGCUGCUCCUGGGCGCGGUGAUGCUGGUCCUUCAGCUCCAGCUAGUGCCUUGCCGCCCCGCCAUGCCCGGGGCCGAGCCGAGCCAGCAGGAGCUUGUGCGGAAAGCGGCGACCCUCCAGGAUGAGGUCCGGGACAGCGCGGCCCCCAACGGCUCCGUCCAGCAGCUGCCUCAGACCAUCAUCAUCGGCGUGCGCAAGGGCGGGACCCGCGCGCUGCUGGAGAUGCUCAGCCUGCAUCCCGACGUGGCUGCUGCGGAGAACGAGGUGCACUUCUUCGACUGGGAGGAGCAUUACAGCCAAGGCCUGGACUGGUACCUCAGCCAGAUGCCCUUCUCCUACCCGCACCAGCUCACGGUGGAAAAGACCCCCGCGUACUUCACGUCGCCCAAAGUGCCUGAGCGGGUCCACCGCAUGAACCCGUCCAUCCGGCUGCUACUCAUCCUGCGGGACCCGUCGGAGCGCGUGCUGUCCGACUACACCCAAGUGUUCUACAACCACGUGCAGAAGCACAAGCCCUACCCGUCCAUCGAGGAGUUCCUGGUGCGCGACGGCCGCCUCAACGUGGACUACAAGGCCCUCAACCGAAGCCUGUACCACGUGCACAUGCAGAACUGGCUGCGCUUCUUCCCGCUGCGCCGCAUCCACAUCGUGGAUGGCGACCGCCUCAUCAGGGACCCUUUUCCUGAGAUCCAGAAGGUCGAGAGGUUCCUGAUGCUGUCGCCGCAGAUCAACGCCUCGAACUUCUACUUUAACAAAACCAAGGGCUUUUACUGCCUGCGGGACGGCGGCCGGGACCGCUGCUUACAUGAGUCCAAAGGCCGGGCGCACCCCCAGAUCGACCCCAAACUCCUCAAUAAACUGCACGAAUAUUUUCAUGAGCCAAAUAAGAAAUUCUUCGAGCUUGUGGGCAGAACAUUUGACUGGCACUAAUUUGUGAUAAGCUAGGCUCAGAACUUUUCCUGUUGUAAAUUGCGGUGUACACUAGGUGGAGAAAAAAGAAAAGAAUUUUAAGAGGACAUUUAAGCUAUAAUUUAUUUGUAAAAUCCAUAAAGUACUUCUGUACAGUAUUAGAUUCACAAUUGCCAUAUAUACUAGUUAUAUUUUUCUACUUGUUAAAUUGAGGGCAUUUUGUAUUGUUUUUCAUGGUUGUUAACAUUGUGUAAUAUGUCUAUAUGAAGGAACUAAAAUAUUUCACUGCAGAGAAAAAAAAAUUCUGGAGACGCUGUCUUUUUUGAAUAUAAUGAACUUGCCCCCAACUCAAAA